CAACAUAAUUCAGCCACUCGCCUCAUGUGACUGUGGGUGGAAAAGUGUGACCAGUAAGCGGCUGCCGCUGAUGGUGAUGAUGAUGAUGAUGAUCAUGUCUGUGGAGGUGUUGACAGCGGAGGGUUCCUUGUGCCAGUCUUGAUGUGAAGUAGAAGACCGUAGCAGAAACACGCAGUCAGACUGGCUACGGUACACGUCCACGGAUUUUUCCUCCGUCUUUCUUUCCACGAUGGAGAGAAGAACACAGUGGUUUUACCGACAAAUCCAUGAUAUAAACUAGGGGCUGGUGCUGCUUCUGAGACGGGGGACUCAGAGGAAAAGAGAAGGUGAUGAAUUGGAUGGUGCCUCACACAUGAAGACCAUGAAGCCCACACAAAAGCUGAUAUUCUUCUGCUGCUCCAUGCUGGUCGUGGGCUUUAUAUGCUACUCCUCUGGGCAUCUACAUCUAUGGGGCCAGAAGCCUCACACUGAUGCAGAAGAGACAACUGUAGCCCUGACUAAAGGUGCUGAAGUGAAAAGAAUUGCAGAGGUGGAACCAGAAAUCAUCGCGGGACAAAUAGUAGGCUCAGUAUAUGAUAAGCAGGGCUUCCUGCUGCAGCUGGAUACAAAACUGCCACUGCAUUUGGUGUACAAGUAUGGCAACCUGAGCGAAGGAGUGUGCAAGCCAGGAUAUGCAGAAGCCAAGAUGACCACUAUCUAUCCUAAGUUCAUGAGACAAGUGCCCAUGUUUCUUGAUCGAAACUUCCAGCGUCUUGCAAAAGUCGGCAAUUAUUUCCCUCCAUUUGGUUUUAAAACACAAGAGAAAAUCAUAGACAACAUUUUAACUAAUACGAAAAAUUAUGGACUUGGAGAGGAGCUGGACAGCCUGAGCUGUAAAAGAUGUAUCAUUGUGGGCAACGGGGGCAUCCUGUUCAACAAGUCUUUGGGCUCCCGUAUAGAUGACUACGAUGUUGUAGUGAGAUUAAAUGAGGCCCCAGUAAGUGGUUAUGGCAAAGACGUGGGGACCAAAACCACCUUGAGGAUUACGUACCCAGAGGGAGCCAUCCAGAAGCCUGAAAACUAUGAAAAAAACUCGCUUUUUGUCUUUUCUGCUUUCAAGCCUCUGGAUUUCAAGUGGCUUAGACAGAUGGUCUUUAAGGAGAAACUGAGGGGCACAGAGGGUUUCUGGAAGUCGGUGGCUCACUCGGUGCCGCGGGACCCAACUGAGAUGAGAAUCCUGAACCCUUACUUCAUCCAGGAGGCUGCAUUCCAGUUCAUUGGCCUGCCUUUCAACAAUGGCCUCAUGGGCAAAGGGAACAUUCCAACGUUAGGAACCGUCGCUAUAACGAUGGCACUGCACAACUGUGAUGAGGUGGCGGUGGCAGGUUUCGGCUACGACAUGAACACGCCCCACGCUCCUCUGCAUUACUACGAGACUGUCAAGAUGUCCACCAUCAAAGAGUCAUGGACACACAACAUAUCCAAGGAGAAGGAGUUCCUCCGUAAGCUGGUGAAAGCCAACGUCAUCACAGACCUGACCAAUGGUAUCUGAGUUUACAGCUCACCUAUAGCCUUCCUCUGCCUUUCACAAGGGACAGCAGACCAGGAAGGUGGGGAAUUGAAUAAACUGGGGAGAAAAAAAAGAAAACCCUUUCAAAUCUGGGUGUCCUGCACACUGCCAGGGGUUUUUAUAUCAAAGGAGAUUAUUUAAUGAAAAAAAACAAACAAA